AUGCUACGGCGGAAUAUACGUCAGCGUCGGGAGUACCUGUACACCAAGAGCCUCGAGGGCCCCCAGCGGGCGCUCUUCGAGAAGAAGCGCCGCAUCCGGGCGGCGCUCGAGGAGGGCAAGCCCAUCCCCACCGAGCUCCGCAACGAGGAGCACGACCUGCGGAGGCAGAUCGACCUCGAGGAUCAGGAACGUCAAGUUCCGAAGAGCAUCGUUGACAACGAGUACGCUACCGCUAACAUUCGGGAGCCAAAGAUACUCUUGACCACGUCUCGCAAUCCCAGCGCGCCCCUAACCCAGUUUGUUAAGGAGCUCAAGGUUGUCUUCCCAAAUUCACAAAGAAUGAACCGUGGUGGGCAGGUCAUAUCAGAAAUUGUCGAAUCCUGCCGCUCACAUGAUAUAACAGAUCUUAUCCUGGUCCAUGAACACCGUGGUCAACCUGAUGGUUUGAUUGUCUCCCAUCUACCGCAUGGUCCAACUGCAUACUUUGGGUUGCUCAAUGUGGUGACACGUCAUGAUAUCAAGGACAGGAAGGCGAUGGGCAAAAUGUCAGAAGCUUACCCCCAUUUAAUACUGGACAACUUCUCAACCCAGAUUGGCGAAAGGACUGCAACUAUUCUCAAGCACCUCUUUCCUGUGCCAAAGCCAGAUUCAAAGCGAAUAAUUACUUUUGCUAACAGAGAUGACUACAUCUCUUUCAGGCAUCAUGUCUAUGAAAAACCGGGUGGCCCCAAAUCGAUCGACCUGAAGGAGGUCGGCCCCCGGUUUGAGUUGCGGCUGUACCAGAUCAAACUAGGAACCGUGGAACAAAAUGAAGCGCAAAGUGAGUUUGUGCUGCGGCCCUACAUCAAUACUGCCAAGAAGCAAAAGACACUUGGGGCGUGA